UGGUUUCAAAACAUGAGGACUAAAGAAGAGGUGGCCUGACUUAAACCCAGCCACUCCCUCGGAGACGAAAACGAAUCUGCUCUGCUUGGGGUAUUCAUCCUCCCAAAACGAAAUCAAUUUCAACCUAGGGUUUCCAUUCCUCUCCGUCAGCCAUGGCUCGUAACGAGGAAAAAGCGCAGUCGAUGCUCAAUCGGUUCAUCACCAUGAAGGAGGAGGAAAAGAAGAAGCCGAAGGAGCGCCGUCCUUUCUUGGCAUCGGAGUGUAGAGACCUCGCGGAGGCCGACAAGUGGCGACAGCAGAUCCUGCGGGAGAUUGGCCGGAAGGUGGCGGAGAUCCAGAACGAGGGUCUCGGCGAACACCGACUUCGUGACCUGAACGAUGAAAUUAACAAGCUGAUACGUGAGAAGAGCCAUUGGGAAAGACGGAUAGUCGAGCUCGGUGGCCCGAACUACACGAAGCAUUCCGCUAAAAUGACGGAUUUAGAAGGAAACAUUGUUGAUGUCCCUAAUCCUGGUGGGCGUGGGCCGGGGUACAGAUACUUUGGCGCCGCAAAGAAGUUACCUGGAGUUCGGGAACUGUUCGAGAAGCCUCCUGAGUUGCGGAAGAGAAGGACGAGGUAUAGUAACUAGUUGUUGCCUAAUCCAUCCGCAAGACUGUAACUGUGACUGAUGCUUGAUCACCUAUUUUUACUAUACCUACAUUACUAUUAUUACCUCGCUGAAACGUAGUAUUAACAAUGGAAUCAACACUACUGUAAGAAAUCAACUUUUUUCCAGCAAACUCUGGAAUUACUUCUGCUCUUUAGUCUAGCAUCUUAAGAUUGGUUUCUCACGUUAAGCACUUUAGAGCCAUAGAAGGUUAAUGUCGAAGUAAAUAUGAAAUAUUGUUGAUUAAUGAAUGAGGAGAGUGUCAUCUUAGGUACAAAGGCCCUGCCCUUGUGAGCUUGUCUUGUUGAUUUAGAUGUUGUACGCUGAUGAUUUUUUACCAGAGAUCGAUUCAGUUUGUGACUUUGUGCUUGAUAUACCUGUAUCCGUAAUGAUCUAGUUAACUGUUCAAAAUCACAAAUAAGUAUGGAAUUACGACUUUAUGUUUUAACUGCCCUCUUGAAAGAAUUAGUAUUAAUUCUUAGUUAAUUGCCAAACUUGGGCAGCAUUCUGCUAAAUGGUGGGAAUAUCAAAACAUUGACACAACUAUAAAUCGUAUGUGAUUUGUUCGUUCAAUGCACAGACAAAUAUGCACUCCAUUAAAUCAUUGGAUUUGAUUUCUUAUCUUUGGCGCGAUUUACACUAUUUCAAGAAACUUCACUUUGAAACUACUUUCAGCAUAUUGAUAGUAAUCACAUGUGUGCAUGCAUCGGUUGAUUAUGUAUUUUCUUGAACUAUACACCUAUUUAUGUAUUUUCUUGAAAUAUACACCUAUGUAUGUAUUUUUUUGGAAGCAUUGGUUGAUUAUUUUCUACUUGUUAAUUUUGUAGUUUGCGCUGACAUGUUUUUGGUUGACUUUAUAUUUGUAGGUAUGACAUAUACAAGAGGAUUGAUGCAAGUUAUUAUGGGUAUAGAGAUGAAGAAGAUGGUAUAUUGGAGAAGUUGGAGGGGCCAGCCGAGGAGAAGAUGAGGGCUGCCGCACUAAAAGAGUGGAUGGAAAUCGAGGAGAUAAAGAAAGAAGCAAAGAAGGCAGUGAAGAGUGGGGAGGUAGUAGAGGUUGGUUUGGGAGCGAAAAUAUUGUUUGAGGAAGAAGAGGAUGUUGUGGAAGAGGAGAGGAGGGAAAGAGAGAAAGAAAAGGAAAAGGAGUUUGUGGUGCAUGUUCCCUUGCCGGAUGAGAAGGAGAUUGAGAGAAUGGUGUUGCAGAAAAAGAAGAUGGAGCUCUUGAGUAGAUAUGCUAGUGAAGAUUUGGUUGAAGAACAGAUGGAAGCAAAGGCCAUGCUUAACAUUCACAGAUGAUGAGUAAAUCAUCAUAAUCAUGCACUUCAGCAUUCCAUGACUGCUUCUCGCAGCUUGUUUUUUGAAAAUCAAGGAUCAUCAAUGGAGUUGCCCCUGGAGCUCUUUUAUUUUAUGAUGGUUGUACUUUGAAAUGGCUUAUAAGAUUGUGUGCUGUAUUGAUUACUACAGAGCGCAUGACACAUGUAUUACUGUCAUAGUGAAAUGGUUUGACUAGCCAGUAGCCACAUCAAUCCUGGAAUGGGUAAAUUUGCCCAGAUAGGGGUUGCUAUAAAAUUGUUAGAAACUGUCUACUGACCUUGAAUUAUAUAGAACUGCAAAUCUAAUGCUUUAUUUUUAUAAAUAAAUUAACGGACA